AUGAUUGGCGCACUCUCCCGUGGUAUUCGGAUGGCGCCCACUUCGGGCAGGUUUCUGUCCCAGUCGCUCCGUGCUUCGUCGGUGACUGGCGCUCGCUUCAACUCGGGUGGCAAGGUGAAUGGCCCUGUUAUUGGUAUUGACUUGGGUACUACCAACUCGUGUGUUUCGAUCAUGGAGGGUCAGCAAGCCCGUGUGAUUGAGAACUCGGAGGGUGGUCGUACUACGCCUUCGGUGGUCGCUUUCACCAAGGACGGUGAGCGCCUGGUUGGUCUGCCGGCCAAGCGUCAGGCCGUGGUGAACCCUGAGGCUACUUUGUUUGCCACCAAGCGUCUGAUCGGUCGCAAGUUCACGGACCGUGAGGUGCAGAAGGACCUUGACAAUGUGCCCUUCAAGAUUGUGGCGCACACUAACGGUGACGCCUGGCUCGAGGCUCGUGGCCAGAAGUACUCGCCGUCGCAAAUUGGUGCUUUCAUUGUGAGCAAGCUUAAGGACACUGCGUCUGGCUACCUUGGCAAGUCGGUGAAGCACGCCGUCAUCACUGUGCCUGCCUACUUCAACGACUCUCAGCGUCAGGCUACCAAGGAUGCUGGUACUAUUGCCGGUCUUGAAGUGCUGCGUGUGAUCAACGAGCCGACUGCUGCUGCGCUUGCCUACGGUCUGGACCGUCAGGAGAACGCUACUAUUGCCGUGUUCGACUUGGGUGGUGGUACGUUCGAUGUUUCGAUUCUGGAGAUGUCCAAGGGUGUGUUCGAGGUCAAGUCGACCAACGGUGACACCCACCUCGGUGGUGAGGACUUUGAUAUUGUCAUCGUGGAGCACCUCGUCAAGGAGUUCGAGAAGGAGAACGGUAUUGACCUGAGCAAGGACCGCAUGGCCAUCCAGCGUAUCCGUGAGGCUGCCGAGAAGGCCAAGAUUGAGCUUUCGAGCACCGCCUCGACCGACAUUAGCCUGCCGUACAUUACGGCUGACGCUUCGGGCCCUAAGCACAUCAACACUAAGAUGACUCGUUCUCAGCUCGAGGGCAUGAUUGCCAAGCUGAUCCAACGCACUGUCGAGCCUUGCAACAAGGCUCUGGCUGACGCCGGUAUCAAGGCCAGCGACGUGAACGAGGUUAUCAUGGUCGGUGGUAUGAGCCGUAUGCCCAAGGUUCUUGAGACUGUGAAGAACAUCUUCAAGCGCGAGCCUUCGAAGGGUGUGAACCCCGAUGAGGCUGUGGCCAUCGGUGCCUCGAUCCAGGGUGGUGUUCUGGCUGGUCAUGUGACCGACAUUCUGCUGCUCGAUGUGACCCCACUGUCGCUUGGUAUUCAGACGCUGGGUGGUGUGUUCACCCGUCUGAUCAACCGUAACACGACGAUCCCGACCAAGAAGAGCCAGGUCUUCUCGACGGCUGCGGAUGGUCAGACCGCUGUCGACAUCCAGGUGUACCAGGGUGAGCGUGAGCUUGUGAAGGACAACAAGCUCCUGGGCAACUUCCAGCUCACUGGUAUUCCCCCGGCCCCCAAGGGUGUGCCGCAGAUCGAGGUCACCUUCGAUAUUGACGCUGACGGUAUCGUGAACGUGAGCGCCAAGGAUAAGGCCACCAACAAGGACCAGAGCAUGACCAUUGCUGCCGGCUCGGGUCUUUCGGACCAGGAGAUUGAGCGUAUGGUCAACGAUGCUGAGCAGCACGCUGAGGCCGACAAGGCCCGCCGUGUGGUGAUCGAGGAGGCCAACCGCGCUCAGAGCGUGGCCAGCGAGACGAACAAGGCCAUGGCUGAGUUUAAGGACCAGAUUGAGAAGGACGAGGCUGAGAAGGUUCAGAAGCUUGUGGAGGAGCUUGAGGCUCUGGCCAGCCGCGGUAUCUCGGGUGACGAGUCGCUCCAGGUUGACGAGAUCAAGACCAAGAUUGACGAGACGCAGCAGGCUUCGCUUGGUCUCUUCAAGAAGGUGUACGAGAGCCGUGCCCAGAACGACAGCGGCAACGCUGGCUCGUCCCAGGAGGGCGAGAAGAAGUAA